GAGUGUUGAAGAGACUGGAGGAGGAAGACUUGGACGACAGCGUGAAGAAGAGAUUAAAGGAUUCCAGCGAGACGCCUGGAGCCUUGUGGCACAUCUACAUUAGCAAAGAUGUGGAGAAAAUUAAAGACUUUCUGCACAAGGUUGCUAAGGAGCAGGGGGCGGAGAUUUCAGCAGAGCACGACCCAAUCAGAGAGCCGGGCCGGUACCUGAGCAGGAAGUUGCGUCAGCGUCUGUGGGAGGAGCAUGAUGUGCAGGGCUUGACCGUGGUUCAGUUCCUGGGGGACUCUGUCCUCAUCCCGGCCGGGGCGCUGCACCAGGUGCAGAACCUUCACAGUUGUGUCCAGGUGAUAAAUGACUUUGUGUCUCCAGAGCAUGUAUUCCACUCCUUCCACCUGACACAGGAACUGAGGUCCUCCAGAGAAGAGCCCAACUACGAAGAUAAACUACAGGUAAAGAACAUCUUGUUCCACUCUGUGAAGGAUGCAUUGACGCCGCUGAGGAGGUACAGCCAGGAGGAGGAAGAGAACUCCUGACCCGUA